AUGACAAUCAAAGCGCACGAUUUGCUCUACUGCUCCCCCUUUACAAGUUCUUGCCUGGAGGUAUUGGUGAUCCACUGCUACCAGACACGGAAGCCCGUUAAGCGAAAGCUUCUUCUAUUUUGUCCUCAACCAUUUGAACCAUUUGACGUACUAACUCCAGGACUUUUCGAUCUCAUGUCUCACCAAGGAGCUGCACUUCAGAACUAUAAUAAUGAACUUGUAAAAUGCUUUGAAGAGCUUUGUAAAAGACGAGAAGAUUUACAGCGACAGAUCCAACAAGAUGAAACUGAACGCGCUAAACUUCAAAGAGAAAUAAGUGUUCUCAAUGAUAAGCUUAGCAGAGUAAAUGAAUCGUUGGAUAAAAAACUGUCCACACGGAAUGAGUAUGACAGAACGAUCGCAGAGUCUGAGGCAGCUUAUAUGAAGAUUCUGGAGAGUUCUCAGACUCUUUUAACUGUCCUAAAGAGGGAAGGUCAAAAUAUUGUCCAAAAAGCAACGGCGAAAAAUGUUCCGUUUUAG